CUUGUGGUGAACCGUGAUGUUGCGAUGACGUAUUUUGGGAUGGAAUGUUUUCGUUCAAGGACUUUUUUGUUAAGAAUGUGUUAAUGAAGGUUGUAUAAGUAAAUCUUAAAAGUAUGGACUACAAAAUUGAAAUUUUUACUGCUGCAAGAGAUGGCAAACUUCAGAGGUUAAAGGAAAUUCUAGAACAAAAACCUAAAGAAGAAAUUACAUCUUUAGUGACAACUAGACAGAAUGGAGCAACACCAUUAGUCAUGGCAUCUCGAAAUGGACAUUUAGAAGUGGUGGAAUACUUGCUAGAAGAAUGUAAAGCUGAUAUUGAACAGGUGGGUUCAGUAUCUUUUGAUGGAGAAAAUAUUGAAGGUGCCCCUCCACUGUGGUCUGCAGCAGCUUCAGGUCACCUUAAGGUAGUGAAAUCUCUUGUUGAACAUGGAGCAAACGUAAAUAGCACAACUAAAACUAAUUCUACACCACUGAGAGCAGCCUGUUUUGAUGGACAUUUUGAGAUUGUGAAGUUCCUUGUGGAAAAAGGAGCAAACGUUGAGAUUGCAAAUCGUCAUGGCCACACUUGUCUAAUGAUUGCCUGUUAUAAAGGUCAUUUGAAGAUUGCAGAAUACCUGAUUGAUGGUGGAGCCAAAGUAAACAGGAAGAGUGUGAAGGGAAACACUGCUCUACAUGACUGUGCAGAGUCUGGAAGCCUAGAAAUUAUGAAACUGCUCCUACAGAGUGGGGCUAAAAUGGAUGUUGACUCAUAUGGAAUGACCCCUUUAUUAGCAGCAGCGGUAACAGGACACCCAGCUGUUGUAGAGUACUUGAUUUCUCUUCCAUUGUGCAGUCGUCAAGAAAAAAUAGAUGCUUUGGAACUUCUAGGAGCUACUUAUGUAGAUAAAAAGCGAGAUAUGAUGGGAGCACUAAACUUAUGGAGGAGAGCCAUGGAAGAUAGAUACUGUAGUGACAAUAAACCCUUAGCAAAACCAUUUAUGCCUUCUCCUAUUGCAGCCUAUGAAAAUGCUACAGAAAUUCACAACUUAACUCAGUUGGAAGAACUGAUCUCUGAUCCUGAUGAGAUGCGUAUGCAAGCUCUUCUAGUACGGGAAAGAAUUCUAGGACCAGCCCAUCCUGACACAUCAUAUUACAUACGUUACAGAGGAGCUGUAUAUGCUGAUGCUGGAAAUUUUGAUCGAUGCAUUAACUUGUGGAUGUAUGCUCUAGAUAUGCAGCAAAUGAUGCUUGAACCUUUAAGUCCCAUGACCCAGAGUAGUCUUCAGUCUUUUGCAGAGCUCUUUUCAUACAUGAUGUCAGAAUCUUGGGCUCGGCAGCGAUCACUCCCAAAUAUUUCUUUCUCAGAUCUUCUUUGUGUUUUCCAGAAAGCCCUUCUUGAGGUAGAAAGGGCAAUGAAUCACAUGCAGAAAGUACCCCCAGCAGAACGUGACUCUACCAAUUUUCAUCGCACAUUGGUAAUCUCAGUGCAUCUUAUAGCUCUAAUGUGUCGGAUUCAGGAUCAUAUCAGCUAUGAGCAGGGAUUAAAGUUCAAGCAAUCUGUUUAUCGUUUAGUUAAGCUUAAUCCUCGUGGGCGUAAUGGUUGGACACCACUGCAUCUUGCUUGUUAUAGAGAUUCUUUAUCAGUUGGUCGUUAUCCUGUUUGUUCUUUUCCAUCCAUAGAGGUUGUCAACUUGCUUCUUGAAGUAGGAGCUCUGCCAAAUACUGUAGAUUAUGACAAUAACACUCCUCUUCAUGUAACAGCAAUGAACAAACCUUUUGCUCACAAUAUUUUUAAGCUCUUACUUCAGCAUGGUGCUCACUUAGAUACUAGAAACUUAGAUAACAAAACACCACUGGAAAUGAUUAACAAUAUUGGUCGCCUCAAUGUCUACCCACUACGCCAUCUCACACUGCAAUGCUUGGCUGCUCAAACUAUAAUGAAGCAUAAAGUACCCUUUAAGGAUGUCUUGAGACAUAAUCUUGCAGCUUAUGUAGAAGCUCAUUGAUCCUGCAACUGCCAGGUGUUCUCUGGUACUUAAAAGUAGUUAUUAACUAUUACAAAUACCAUAAAAGAUUUUUGUAUAUACAGUUUUAAAGACAAAAAAAAUCAAUAUAAAACCAUUUUACAGAUCAGUUCUAUUUCUCCAGAUAAAGAUGAAUGUGAAUUUCUAAUCAAUAAUGGGUCUAUCUCCUGCAGCUGCCAGGUGUUCUCUGGUACUUAAAAAUAGUUAUUAACUAUUACAGAUGCAGUAGAAGAUUUUUGUAUAUACAGUUUUAAAGACAAAAAAAAUCAAUAUAAAACCAUUUUACAGAUCAGUUCUAUUUCUCUAGAUAAAGAUGAAUGUGAGUUUCUAAUCAAGAAUGGGUCUAUCUCUUAACAUGAGUAAAAAUACUACUUUUAUUAUAUGGCUGUCAGAAGAAAGAAAGAAAAACCUCUUUUACAUGAAGUCUGUGAUUUUUAAGAAUAUUAGGAAAUGGUUUUAUUACCAAAAUGUACAAUAUCCACUUCCUUACACUAAUUCCAGGGGUUUGUGUUGGAAAAAUGAUGGAUAGUCCCUUUCUAGAAUUGGUGGAUAAUAAGGAGCUCUAAAUAUCCGAGUACAGCAUAUUGUUGUAUGAGUUACUGUAAAUUUUGUUGAAACCUUAGGAUUCAUCAUGAACCUAAUUUUAAUUUUUGUUUAUUUUACUAAUUGCAAUAAAUAACACAUGUAAAAUAAAUACUUAUUUCUUAGAAAUUGAAUAAACAAUAGCUCUAUUGUCUGUUUUUAAAGGUUAGAGUGAAAACAAUACUAAAAUUUGUGAUGACCUUCUCAGGGACAAGGCAUAAAGCAGGAUUAAAAUAAUGUAAGACUUUUAAAAAAGGAUGAGGCAAAUAAAAAACACUGCCUGAGCAUGUGUGGAUUUGGAGUUAAAAUUCAGAAAAAAAUAAUGUUUGGUUCUGUGAUUGUAACUGUUAGUUUUUAAUAAGAAAAGGAAGUUUCAUCCUUACUUAAAACCUUUAAUAUUCUAAGAAAAAAAUCAGAGGUAAUUAUUGGAAGGCUUAUUUUGGAUGAAGUAUGGUUUUAUUGAUUUGUGCAUAAUUUUUAAUAUAUUUCAGCUGGUUUUAAUCAUUUAGAAUAAUAGUUUUACUAAAAAUUUAUAUUUCAUAAAUAAGCAUUCAAAUAUUUAUCUGCAUUCUGAUCAUAUUGACAUCUUAACCUCUAAAACCUUGUCCUGCUGAACAUAAUUUUUUAAUCUUUGUGUCAGCUGUGUGUUUAGUCUUUAACUGAUUUUAUGAUACCUAAAUGAUGAACUUUUUCAAACAUUUUAUUUCAGUUGUAGAAUAUGUGUUGCUUAUUUUCAGAUUAACAUUUAGCUUAUUAAGCUAUUAAUCCAUUUUACUUUCAUUGUGUAGUAGAAGUCUGAAUUUUUUUUAUUUUAUUCUAAGAACUUAUAAGUGAAGGUAAAGAAGGAUAUCAAAUACACUAAAUCUGCCAUGUCCAUUGCCGAUGAAACACAAAUAUCAACAUUAGAUUUUUUGUUUAAUUGUUUUUUAUCAUAUGUGAAUAUUAUAAAGAGCAGCAUUUAAAAAGUUAAGAGGGUUUUCAAAUAGUUAGAGUUGCACUGUUCAAUUAUUGAAAUUUUUUUGAGAAUUACAGUUUUUUGUGGUAAAACUACACUAAGCUAAACAUUCACUGAACAAACAAGACAGACAGAUUAUGAAAUAUAACAAAAGCUCUGUUGUUAAAUAACUGUAGUCAUAGAUUAUUAAGAUACUAACAUUUUUUUAGCAGAUUCACUGAUAUUGGAAUUUAUUAAUGCAUACUUUAUGUUGAUAUUUUAGAGAUGCAUGAUGUCAUUUGUAUGUAUUGAAUAUUUGAAAAAAAAUGUUCUGUAUGUAAUUACCCCAAACCUGCACUUAAAGUACCCAUGAAGAGAUUCAGAAGGUCCUUUUUUCCAUAUUCACUUAAAUAUUUUUAGCAACUUCUUAUCCAUCUUUAUCAAUGAUCUUUAGGUUAAAUAAAGUAUUAGCUUUUGCAAGCCAGUUUAUGAAUUAUAUUUUCCAUCUGAUACCUAACACAGUAAAGUUAGCCUAUAAGUAACCUUUUCUUAAUUGUUUAUUUGCAUUUUAAGUAUUCUGUUGGUUAGUUUGGGAGAGUGUAACUCACUAGAAUGUGAGACUGAAUGCUGUCAGGAGAAUAGGCUUAAAUACAAUUUUAUGUAGUGUUUUAUACUAUCAUAAAUCUUUCUAUCUCUUUCAAAAGUCUUAUUUUCUUGGUUAAUUUGUUAAAGUUUAUUAAAAAUUUAGAAUUGUACUCUUUUUAUUCUGUUAUUUGACUAAAAUGCAUCUCAGUAUUAUAUUAAGUACAAAAAAAUUGCUUUUUUUUUCUACACUGUAUACGUCAGUAUUAAUACACUUUAGCAGUAUGUAGUUUAUUAAAAAUAAGUUCAUAUAAUUUAUAGGGACAAAAAGGAGUUUAUUAGCCCAUCAAAGACGUCCCUUCCAGCUCCCAGCACCUCUUACUACUCAUGUAUUCAUCCAAUCUUUUCUUGAACUCAGCUUAUUCCAAAAGCCAACCAUACUGUUUAAAAGUAAUAUUGUCUAAACUUCAGACAACUCCGGCUGCCAAAAUUUUAAGUUAUAACCACUUGUCCUAUUGUUUUCACUGCUAAACACAAAAACAUUUGAUGGAUUUAUGUCAACAAUCCCCUUAAUAAUCUUAAACACCUCAAUCAAAUCCCCUCUGACCAUUCUCCUCUCCAGAGAAAACCAGUUUAGAGAUUUUAGUUAUUCGUCAUAGGACAAUCCCACCAUUUCAGGUAUCAUGCUAGUGGCUUUUCUUUAAACUUUCUCUAACAAGUAAAUAUCCUUCUUGAGGAAGGGAACCCAAAACUGUACACAGUACUCUAAGUGAGGCCUUACAAGUGGUCUGUACAGGGAAACAAAAAUAUCCCUUGUCUUAUAUUCAAUAUUUCUAUAGAUGCUAUCCAAAAUCCUGUUAGCCCUAUUACUAGCUACAAUAUACUGUUUAGAAACAGAAGGAAUUCAAUAAAUAUCUUCUUUUUUUUACACACGUUUAACCUGAAAUACUUGCAUAUUUUUUUAAAAACUAUAUAUAUGAAAAUUUUAAGUAGUAGUAAUAAAUAAUAGGUCAGUGACUGAAAAUAAAAGUAUUAGACCAGUUGGCAGUUAAUCACUUUGACAACAAAUGGAAAUGUUUCGUGUAAAUUCACCAGGAAUAGUUAUGCAUGAUGAAAUCAUUGGAUGACCAAUUUACUGUGUGGAAUGUUGAAGAAAUGAAUAACACAUUUUAUGUUUAUUUGAGAUUCAUUUAUUAUUGAUAUGCACACUUUUGUUCAUGCUUAAAUAUAAUAUUUCAUGUACCAUGUAAAGUUCUGUUCAGGAUUUUUUUUAAGUGGCUUACAUGAUUAUUUAGAGUUCUGGAAUCACAGAGUUUACUUAAAGUAAAUGUUUCAGAUUUAGAUACUCCUUGUUAAUCUGGUUCUGCAAAAGUGCUUUUUGUUUAGUGAAGUUUAUUCAAUGCUUAAUCCACAAAGUAACACUUCAUUUGUACAUCUAUAAGUACUUGCUAUCUUCUUAAUUUUUACUUGAAAACAGAUUUCUUGCACCACAAAAUCUUUAAAAAAUACAGGGAUUUAUAAACCUUGAAUUUUCCACUAGAAAUGGCAUGUGAUUGAUAGUUAUUGAACUCAUAAGGAUUAACAUUUUCUAUGCUUCUUUAUUUCCAGUUUGUUUCUUGGAUUGGCAUUUUCUUGGCUUGUAUGUUUUUGAUUUUUUCUAUUACAUAUUUCAGUAAGAGUUCUUUGAAUCAGAGUCAUACUGCAAUUAGCUUUCUAUAAAUGUACAGUUUUUUUUUUUUAAAGAAAGCAAACAGUAUCUGACAUGUACAGUAUACUAAAUGUUUAUGUAGGUACCUCUGAAACUCACUUUCAUUGAACAUAUAAGCAUUGUUCAUUGUUUUAUUUAUAUAUAUGUAUAUAUAUAUAUAUAUAUUAACUUCUGUGGUUUUUAUAAAAUUGGCAUAGUUUAUUCAUGGAGUAAACAGCAGAAAUAAUAUAUGGUGAAAUUCUGUUACUAACUUUUAGCCAUGGUAAGAAACAGCAUAAUACAAUUAAUUUUCUAACAGUGAUAUCUCUUCUUGCUGUUACAAAUUACUAGAUAAACAAAACAUUUGAUUUGAGAGGCAUUGUACAUCACAUAGGAAUGAGGAUUACCAUCUUCGAUAUGUUGACAGUAAAGUUAAAGUAAGAUUAUGAAUAGAUAGUUUUGUUUUUAAUUAGAACUUAAACCGUUUUAACCAUAAUUGACUUAUGUUCCUGUCUGUUGUUGUUUUUGUGUUUGUGUGAAAAUGUAUAUGUUUGUUAAACAAAAGUUGUGGAUAAAUUAAGAAUGUGGAUACGCCACCACGCACGUUAGAAACAUAAUGUUUUUUGUUUUGUUUUUUAAAGAAUAUGAUGCUUUUCAAGAAAAAUGAAAACAUUUUCUAGGAGAGGGACAAUAAACGGCAGAAUUAUUAUUCAAGAUGGAGUAAGUAACAAAAAGUACAGUAAUAGUUAGAAUGGGUUGUAAAAACAUAGCGCGCGUGCACUAUUUCGAAAGUUGGCCAAUCUAAUCUAAUGGCUUAUCUGCCUUACAAGUGUGACAACCACUAAGUAUGGGGCUGCUCGUAACGUUAGUGAUUAAAUUCCUCCUCCUUUUAAAACGAAGAGUAUAGAUUAGGAAAUAUUUAUUCCACAUAUAAAUAACACGGUUUUCUUCUUUUUACGUACAUCAAGUUUAAAUAAGUUGCACUUCUUUUCUCCCUUAUUUCUUUAGGUUGAUAAAUGGACAUUGUUGUUAAGUUUUGAAUUAAUCUUACUUUUUGGAUUGUUUACGUUAUUUCUGUAAGAACUGGUUAUUGUUCACGUCUACGAAUUGCAAGGUUCAAUGUUUUAACAUAAAUAAUGUUUACUGUAAUUUGAGAUAACGUCAGUCUAACACCCUUUCUUGUACAUGUGUGUGUGUGUUUUCACGCGCUGUUAGUAGUAUUACAGUAAACCACAGUUUUUGAUGGGUGGGUACAUUACCAUCAUUUCUACACUGUUAUUCCUCUCUGCAAACAUUGAUAUUUGCAUUGUCUAUGAAUUAUAGACACCAGCAAAGAUUCCAGUAUUUAAAUUCUGUUGUCAGAAAGUACAGUCUUCUAGGUACAAUUAAACUUGGAUAAAGGAUAAAUUGGCACGUCUAAAUGGACACUUUUUCUAGUUUGUUUUGUGCGACGUUUCGAGCAGACGUCCUUCGUCUGGCAGUAAAGACUGUGAUACAAUGGAAUUAGGCUAAGUCGUGUCAUUUUAUUUUUCUAUUAUCUUUUAUCCAAGUUUAUCUUCUCACGUCUUGCGAAACAACACUCAUUCAAAAAUUAGGUACAGUUAAACCCAUUUCAACAGUAUCAUAUGUAUGGCUUUGCAAAUUGUGGCCUGCUACAACUUUUCGGUUAUUAUUAAAGAUAGCGAAACUUGUGUAAAGUUUCUGAAUUUUCCGCUUCUACUUACUAAGCAGUACGUAUAUAUAUUCUAGUUGCGGUUUUUGUUUAUAUAAUUUCUUUAAAGAAUAACGGUCCUUUUUUUUUGAAUACAUACUUUUCUUGCCGUCAAAAUCCACUUUAAAUUUUUAGAACAGAUGUAAGAUUUUUUCUGAUAUGACCAACUUCGUCCACAGUUUUUGAAAUAUUGGUAGGAUAUUUUUGUUAAGUUUUUAUCUUUUAUUUAUUGAUUUUUUUAUGUGUGCCACCACAUUGUCUAAUUUGUUAUUGUUAGCAGGUAUAUUUUAUUUUCUUGCUUGUUUACGUCUAGCAGUGUGUAGUGACAGUUGAGCGUCUUAAAACUUCCUAGAAGUUUAUUUUUUUGAAAACUAGCAGUAAGCAGAGGUAAUGAAUAUUAACAGUACUGAAUGCUCUGGUAACUGCUGAAGCUAAGAUUGUUUUUGUGCGAAGUUUUGAAAUGGGUGUAAAUGUGGACUUUGUGUACAUUAUGUUUAUAACUGGAAUGUUGUGACGACAUUUGUAGAAAUGAAAAACUAAUAAAAUUAAUUAAUACAGC